CGGGGGCGCGCAGGUCCGAGAAGGUGCGACCGUCCUGGGCCGGGGCGCCCGGGCGCCGGGGGAGAGGUCAGGCUGGCGGGGCGCCGGCGUGCGACGGCGGGACAUGGCGGCGGGCGGCAGGCUGGAGGACGGGUCCUUGGAUGUCCUUCAAAGUCUGGAUGAUGACCCCCUUCUGGACACCCAGCCUCUCGCACACCACUCCUUACGUGCUCACUUUAGACCCAGAUUCCAUCCUCUUCCCACGGUCAUCAUCGCGAAUCUUCUGUUGUUUAUACAUGUUGUCUUUGUCAUUUUAGCAUUUUUAACAGGGGUGCUGUGUUCAUUCCCUGAUCCCAAUGAAGACAAGUGCCCAGAAAAUUACACCAACCCACUAAAAGUUCAGACAGUCAUAAUCCUUGGAAAAGUCAUCUUGUGGAUUCUGCAUUUGCUUCUUGAACGCUACAUCCAGUAUCACCACAGCAAAGUCAGAAGUCGUGGCUAUUCCCAGAUCUACAGGUCUACGAGGCAUCUCAAAAACCUGGCCCUCGUGAUCCACUCUUCUGGCAACACAGCCCUCCUGCUGCUCCUGUGCUUGCAGCAUUCCUUCCCUGAGCCCAGUAGCCUGUACCUGGAGCUGAUUCUGGCUGUCCUGGCCCUGGAGCUGAUCUGCUCCCUGAGCUGUCUGCUGCUCUAUGCAGUGAAAAUUAGCAGAUUCAAUAGAGCCAAACCACAGCCUGAUGUCCUUGAAGAAGAAAGAAUGUAUGCUCACCCCAGCAAUAUAGCCUCAGAGACUGGCUUCAGGACUAUUUCAAGCCUAGAAGAAAUUGUUGAAAAGCAGGGAGACAUAAUCAUAUAUCUGAAGAGACACAACGCCCUGCUCAGUAAGCGGUUGUUGGAUCUGGCCUCUCAGCCAGCUAGGACCUGAGAGACUCCUGGGUAUGACAGCUAUCAAAUCCUCAGUAACUCCAGACUGCCCCAAGUUACUUUCACGGUGUGUGAUGGGAACAUGAGCCCUGGGUGGUUACAAAUAUCUGGAAAACUUGAGAAUAUUUUGUAUGGUUUGAAAUAAUUUAACUUCUUGACUCUUCUGGAAUCUAAGCUGUAGUUUAAGAACUCUGGAAUAAUUUGGCUCCUUUUAAAGCAAUUGUGCCACGACAGUCUGCUGUAAACAGUGUUUCAAACCAGUCUGUUCUUGCCACAGUCAGCUGCUGAGAGAAGACAUCGUUCCUGGUGCUCCCUGUUUUCUUCUAGAGUCUCACGAGUGUUUUGUAUGAGUGAGGGCAGAUCAGGUGAGGGAAAGGUCAGAUUUGUUGUUUGCUUCUUUGUUCUCCAGAGCUGGGGGCGAACCCAAUGCCUCACACAGAAUGAGCAAACACUCUGCCUCUGAGUCAGUUUUACCAGGAUUUCCUUCUGCUGCUCAUGGUGACUCACACCUGUAGUCCCAGUCCUGGAAAAGCUGAAAAGCUGAGGCAGGAGAAUCACCACCAGCUUGAAGCCAGCUGAUGCCUAGUACACUGAAUACAACCUUUCUCAAAAGCACAGAUCACUUUCCUCAGUAUAGGACCGAUCUCACCAGGAAAUAUGUGGUGCCCGUUCUGCUGUGUGUAGUUGAGAAAUACAGUGUGAAAAAUCCUGGGGCAGCGGGAGACCCAGUGGAGAGGGGGUGACACCUGCUAUGUGGGGACACCUCGGACUGGCAAGAGGUGUAGGAAAUCAUCUGUCAUUUAUUGUAUCGUUGUCCUUCUUCAGGGACUUGCCAUAGAUCCCUCUGCUACACUUUGAUUUACAGCAACUUCAAUUAGCUGAGCGUGGUGGCCCACAGCUGUCAUCCCAGUACUUGGGAGGCAGACACAGGAAGUUCAAGACUAUCCUGGUCCAAAUAGUGAGUUUCAGGGCAGCCAAAGCUACAAAGAGACCCUUCUCCCCCUUGCUCUUCAAAAAGACAAAUAUAUAUGUCAGAAUAAGGGUGUCUCUGAGUUAAAGUUUGACCACAUAGUGGCAGUCAGAUGGUUCAGUAGGAAAAGUGCUUGUUCGGUAAGGCUGAUGGUGGAGGAGAAACCAACUCCUGAAAUUUGUCUUCUGACCUUGAACCUCUCAACAUGUUACUCGUGUGUGUGCACCGACGCAUAUCACACACAUGUCACACAAAUACACACAAUACUACAUUUUUUCAUUGUCUAAAUAGGAAAAAGACACUUUUUGGUCUUGCAUUGUAGCUCCAAAUUGUGAUGGGUUGAUGUAUGUAUAGAUAUUAUCAAACAGAUAAUUCUUACAAUGAAAUGAAUAUUUUUUAUGUGGCAUUGUUUCUGCUUUUAUCCUAUAGCUCCUUUUAAUCAAUUGGUACCUUCAUGUGUCACCUUAGGAAGUCUUUGGUUUUUGAGAUAGGACCUCAUGUGGCUAUGGCUGCCUCGGAUUCUCUUGCUUCCUCCUUCAGUUUCUGAGAUCAUGGAUGUCAGGUGUCUAUGCCUAACGUAGACUUUUCACUGAGGGCGUCUGAGUGAGAUCUCUGUUCUGAAGCCUGCUGUGUUUAGCCUAAUAUUCAACACUUUAUUUGCAGAGCCAAACAUAAUUAUAUAGGGAUAAGAUGGAUACCACCUGACAAGCCAGGACUAUUCAUUUGAUCCUAUGAACUCUUGCUUGUGGGCAGUAAGUUCCUGUUUCCUUUAGAUACAGCCAUUGCUGGACAGUCUCAAAGUUUUCCUCCGCCAAGAUAAAAACACACAUGUCUUCUGCUGGUAACACGGUUGGGUCUCCAAAAAGUAAUAACAUUCACAUAUUGAACUUACACAAUUUCCAGGGGCUAGAAGGAUGGCUCAUUUUGUAGGUGCGCAUAUGGAGCUUGCAGAAGAUGGAGUUCAGUUCCCAUAACCAGGUUGCCAUUUCUUUGAAUAUGAAUGAAAUUGGUUCCUAUCCCAAUCUGUGACCUUUCAUGAUUCUUUUGUGACAUGCAUCCCAAAUCCUUUGUUCAUCUUUCUCCUGGGAUAUUCUUGUGUGACGUUUGGUUCUUGUUUCUUGAGGCAAAGUCUCAGAUAGCCCAGGCUGGCCUCAAACCCUGUGUACCCAAGAAUGACAUGGAACUUCUGAUCCUUGCACCUCUACCUGUAAGUGCUGGGUAUAUAGGCAUCCCCUUCUUUAACCCCUUCAUGGAACAGGAAUUGAGCUCAGUGCUUCCUCCACGCAUGCUCCCAACUGAGCUUCACCUCCAGCCUCUUAUUCUUUUUUCUUUUAUGGUAAAUCUUUAACAUGCUUAUUUUUAAUUUAAUGUCUUUAAUACAGUUAGUGUUUAAUUUUGUGCCUCUGCACAGAAUAAAAUUUCUUAAAAUAUA